AUGAAACAAAGCGGGUGUAACGACCUUAAUAUCCAACAAAAGGCAUGUUACGAUUUUGAAAAACUAUAUAAGAAACCGUUCAACCAUUUUAAGGCGUGGAAUAUUGUCAAGGAACAACCAAGGUGGCUGCAACAACCUUUGGUUGGUCAACCUGCAGAAUCCUCCACUUUGAGUAAAAAAAGAAAGUCAUCUCACUCAUCUACUCCAAAUCCAACACCGAAGAAUGAAGAUUUGGUUUUCGAUGUUCCGUUACCGUGUUUGAAUGAGGAUCCCGCUCCAUCAAGGCAAUCCAGGGGUAAGAAGAAGGUGGGAAUUGAAGAUUCAAGUCGAAGUUCAGUACGUGAUACGUUGUCAAGUUACACGGCGGAAAAGACAAGUAUACUGAAGGAGCGAUUUGAGGUUCAGAAGAAGAAAGAUGAUGAGUAUUUCAGGUUUCUUGAAGGUGGAGAGUAA